CAGUGCAGAAAAGGUGCUCGGCCGCUGUUAUGUGGGGCUCAACUUAAAGGAGUGAUGCUGGCUAGGGUAAUUUUGUCGUAGCAGCCUUCGCUAAUUAUAAGCACGAACACAAGCUCCAGUGGCCGGACAGUGAACCAACAAAGCCCCAGUGAGGAGUGCUGCUCACAGUGCACUUAUAGGAACAGCCUUAGCUAGGUGGAGCGGGUACCCGUAGGUUUCCUGCAACAGCCGCAGUUGUCAGCUAAUGCCAACAAGUUACUUGAUCGGUUUGUUAAGCAGCGUACUUUCGUUCGGCCUCAUCAGUUCGGUAUGCUGUGUUUCAUUGGCGCAUUUGGGUAAUGGUGCCAUUGAUAGUGAAGUGCAUGUGGCGAUGUCGACACGUUGAGACUACAUAUAGUCCACAUGGAUUAGGUUGAAUGUGCGAGACAGAAGCUUCGUCGAAAAAUAAAACCUGUUGGCCUUCCGAGCGUGGCACAGACGCAGCCUCAGCCAAGAAGUUGCUUUUGGCAGCUAGGCUUUAUUUUUAAUAUUGGCCACAUGAGCCGCAGAAAGAACGAUCUGUUCAUCCCGGAAGACGGAGGCCCCGCCACUGUACUACUGAAUCGCUCCUAGCAGCUCGACCUGCCGGAUCGACACAGAUGUGCUUACACGGGGAAAUAUAGGGUACCCGCUCAGAUCCACAUGGUUAGAUGAACAGCCGAGUUCUAAGGAAGUACCGGGCGGUGAAAUGUCAUUAGUUAGGCCGGGUCAUGUGGAGACGCAGUAGAAAAAGGGAGCCGAUAUAAAAAAAAAAACUAAAAGAGAGAGAAAACGGUGGUAGCGCUUCAGGAUUCAGUAGAUUACGUAGCUUCUAUGGGACUCCGGACGCACAAAACAAUGUAGUGCGUUGCUUCAGUGAAAAGAUUCGCGCCUUACAGGGCAGAGUCAUGGCAUCUCUACCGUUUUUACACCCUUCAUUCAACAGCUAGGGGAUUAUCAAUAAAACUUCCAGGUAAUUAGGGGUGCUAAAGGUCACAAUUGGUCGCGCUGCCCUGAGCAGCGAUCCAGUGGGCAGCAGUGAGUGACUGAGUGUUUGCCGAGUCUACCGGGCCGGCGUCCUGGCUAGGCAAGACGCUGCUUGUGGGGCAUGUCGAUGGGGAUCACCGGCGCGCCGGGGCCUGUCAGCGGGCUGACGAACGAGCCUAUGCCCGGAGGUGGCGGCGGUGUGAACGGUGGCGGCUGUGGCGGAAAUUCACUCAGCGGAAUGGUCGGUGGUGUGGGCGCUAGGGUGAUGCGUGGACCUGGCUGGAAAUGGGAUAAACAAGAUGGCGGAGAGGGUCAUCUCGGUACAGUUAGACAGUUCGAUUCGCCUGAGGAAGUUGUCGUUGUGUGGGAUAAUGGAACAGCUGCUAACUAUAGAUGCUGCGGUACGUAUGACCUUCGCGUAGUGGACAGUGCGCCGACAGGGGUAAAACACGAUAAUACAGUGUGUUCCGGCUGUGGUCAAGGUCCAAUAUAUGGUAUACGGUGGUCGUGUGCAGAAUGUUCGUUGCUUGAUCUGUGCUCUGUAUGCUAUCACGGUAAUAAGCACCUGCUAGCGCACCGCUUCUAUCGGGUAGCUACCCCAUUCAGCGAUAGGGUACUCUGCGAGGCACGCAAAAGAUCCAAGAAAGUUUCACUAAGGGGCACCUUUCCCGGCGCUAGGGUCGUCCGUGGGGUCGACUGGCAAUGGGACAAUCAGGACGGGGCAAGAACAGGCAAAGUAAUUGAAAUUCAGGAUUGGAGCGUAACAACUCCGCGAAGUGCCGCGUCAGUUCAAUGGGAGGCUACAGGUACGCGAAACAUGUACCGCGUAGGAUUCGAAGGCAUGUCGGACCUGAAAGUCCUUACAGACGGCAAAGGAGGAAACGUCUACAGGGACCACCUGCCUGUCCUUGGCGAACAUGGAAGCAUGAUAUCUUCUACCGGUCAAUUGCAAUUGGGAGAUAUGGUGACAAUCGAGUUAGACGUGCACCUCGUAAAAAGUCUCCAAGUCAAUCACGGUGGCUGGGCUGACGGAAUGCACGAAGCUUUGGGCACCACAGGAACUGUGAUUGGUAUAGACGAAGAUAAUGACGUUGUGGUAACGUAUCCUUCUGGACGACGAUGGACGUUCAAUCCGUGCGUGUUGACCCGGCUAUUACCUAGCAACAGAGUGCAAACAGGCGGCGCAGCUACGACAUUUACAGUAAAUCUGCUCAGUGAUGGAAGCAUUCCUGUCGCUGGUGGGUCGACAGCUGCUGGCGGCGGGUCACCAGACGAACUUCAACCAGGUGACUUAGUCCAAAUCUGCGGUGAUAUUGAUCGCUUGAAGGUGUUACAGGAAAGGCACGGCGAGUGGGCGGACGGAAUGUUGCCCAGCGUUGGAAAAAUCGGCAGAGUUCGACAGGUUUACGAUGACGGCGAUGUGAAGGUUGAAGUACGCGGGGAAGAAUGGACUUUCAAUCCACUUGCACUUACUAAAAUUCGACCGGACUCGACAAAGGGUUCAGGUGAUCGGCUCAGUGCUCUUCUGAAAAAACUGUUUGAUAGCCACGCGUCAGGCGAUGUUAACGAGGAAUUGGUUCGAUCUGCAGCAUCGGGUGACGCCAACAAAGUUGAAGGCCUCCUUAAGCGGGAUGCCAGUGUUAACGGUGUCUACGUUACACAUACGGCCUUACAAGCGGCCUGCCAAAACGGACACCUCGAUGUACUUCGACUCCUCGUGCGCUACGGUGCUGAUGUUGAAAUUGAAGACAAGGACGGUGACCGGGCAAUACACCAUGCUGCUUUCGGUGAUGAACCCGAGGCAAUCCGGUUAUUGGCUCAAGCUGGCGCCGACCUAAACGCGCGGAAUGCUCGACGUCAAACUCCACUUCACAUUGCCGUCUACAAGGGUCACGUGAAUUCGGUGCAACGCUUAUUACAAUUAGGGUGUCAUCCGAGUCUACAGGACUGUGAAGGUGAUACCCCGCUGCAUGAUGCGAUCAGUAAACGACGUGAGGAUAUUAUGAAACUUCUAUUGCGCAGCGGCGCCGAUGUGACACUCGCUAACAACAACGGCUUCAAUGCCCUGCAUCACGGUGCUCUUAGGGGCAAUCCCCAGGCGGUUCGUGUGUUAUUGGAAAAUCUUCCCCACCGAUGGCGAGUAGAUGACCAGAAAGAUGAUGGCUAUACACCGUUGCAUUUAGCAGCACUUAACAAUCACCUACAAGUAGCUCAGCUUCUGAUCGAAUUAGGCGGAGCCCGGGUGGAUCUACAGAACAUCAACAUGCAAACACCUCUACACCUCGCAGUUGAAAGACAACAUCAUGAUAUAGUUCGGCUGCUUGUCAAUGCCGGUACUAAUCUAAAUUUGAUGGAUAAAGAUGGCGACACUGCGUUACACGAAGCUCUUAGGCACCACACGCUGUCGCAAUUGAAACAUCUUCAAGGCAGCUACUCCAUGGGAGGCGCAUCCACUAAUACAGUAAACUCCAAUAUGGCUUCUGUGAACAUGGCUAACAUGGCAGGUGGAACCAACCAGGCCAGUAUUGCAGACAAGCCAAAUCAAGCGGCUUCCCCAACUGGGACUCUUUUGGGAUCCCUUGAGAUAGGAGAUAUUAGUGCUCAGAUUGCCAAAUUCCUUGUCGCCAAUGGAGCAGACCUAACUAUUCGAAAUCAAAAACAGCAAACCCCAUUGGACCUUUGUCCGGAUCCAAAUAUGCGAAGCCUCCUCAUCAAGAGCCAGCAACAACAGCAACAGACACAAUUGCAACAGAAUUCAUUUGCGUCAGUGGGGUCUGUAUCAUCGUCGCAGGGUCCGAGCGAGGCACUGGCAUCCCUCAGCAUAGGAGCUCGCAAUCAACAACAGAUGUUAUUCAGCACUCAGCAAUCAUCUAUAAAUCAGCCCGGUCCGGGAGGCCAUCAGGCGCUCUUCUCGCACCCGCAGGCCAUUUCGCGGCAGAAACUAAAUUCAACAGCAAACUUUGGAGAAACCCGCACUUCCCUUGAAGACGAGUGCAUGGUGUGUUCAGAUCGUCCGUCGUGCAUUAUGUUCCUGCCGUGUGCGCAUGUGGUUUCAUGCGAGUCAUGCGCUUCGCGCGUUAAAAAAUGUCUCGAAUGCAAAGCGGCGGUCCAACAGAGGGUCAAAAUUGAUGAGUGCGCUGUGUGUGCGGACAAAUUGGCCGCUGUACAGUUCCACCCCUGUGGGCAUGUAUGCGCCUGUGAAGAUUGCGCCGCUUUAAUGAAAAAAUGUGCAGAAUGCCGACAGCAUAUUGAGCGAAAAACGGAGCUAAACCAGCCGCGUUCUCAUGAGAUGCCGGACGGUGCGCGAAACAAUAGUGCCCCGAUGCGACCAGCCACGAUUGAGUCGCUUGGCGUGAAAACGAAGGAAAACAAUAUCUCUUUUGGAACUUCUGUUAUCCAACAGGGACAGUUACCGCAGCAGCAACAACAGCAGCUGCAAAACGUAGGGAACCCUACGCCAUCGACUUCGCGAUGUACUGAAGAUGAAAAUGAUCGCUUGAAACAGCAGCUGAAUGACAUGCACGAGCGGUCGAUUUGCCCUGUAUGCCUUGAUCGCUACAAGAAUAUGAUCUUCCUUUGCGGCCAUGCCACUUGUCAAUAUUGUGGUGAUCGUCUUCUCGAAUGUCCUAUCUGUCGGAAGAAGGUCGAGCAACGAAUUCUUCAGUAUUUCUAAAUAAAUGACUCGGUUAGCAGUUGCCGACAACGAACAGGCAUAAUGGAAGAAAGACCUUAUUAUAAGCUAUAGGUCAAAGUUAUUUAGGUACUGGCAAAGGUCCGCUUUCCGUAGAGGCUGCUGAAUAUAAAACUAUUUGUUCAGAGAAUCAAAAGGGAAAGAGAUAUUGAUUUUGACAUUAUAGAACUGGAUCGCACAUGACAGAGGCCAAAUGUUUCGCCUUUUGUUAUUGUUGCACGGGCAAAUGAUAUAUAUAUAUAUAUAUAUAACGUGUAUGGAAAUUAACGAGUGCGCUGCCUGUAGGCUGCGAGGGGUAUUACUGUAGCAUUUAGGCAAAAAACGUGGUACCAAUUUUGAAAAAGGAACCAUCUGUGGUUCGAUAUCGUCAUGAAAAGCUUAUGUAAGAGGUGCGAAAAUGCUCUAAAACGAAUUUCCCUCACAAGCUUACUAACCGGUUGUGAUCACCUUCAGAUUUUUGAGAAACCUUAAGUUAGUAGGAUUGGCGAAUCGCACUAUACGUAUAGUCCCAACGCUUCUAAGAACCUAAUCCUAUUACCCAGCCCCAUUCCCCUUCCCCUCCCCCUCCCCGGGUUUCGUUUGAUAGUAGCAUAACAUCUACAUAUAACAUUAUAGACUGGGAUAUUACCAUUGAAUAUGCAGCCAUACCUUAUUAUUUCUAAACAGUAUUAGUAUCGAUAAUAUUGAAAAACUAUAAUGAAAUUUAGCUGGGAUGAAGUGCAUUGAUCGACUUUUAACGUCUGUCUGGACAAUCCGAUUGCUGCCUGAUUAGAGCACUUCAUUAGUAAGGAAGUUUCGUUUUCUAGGAAAACUUCGACAAGGAAAGGUAAUCCAAGAUUGAUUUAGAUAAUAAUGUGAGCAAUAUUCACAAAUAAAACCGAUAAUAAAUAGCUAGUGCAUAAACAAUUUCAAAUAAAACAAAACAUCGUUCGCUACUAAAAGAAAAAAACAAACUAAACAUAUUACUGUGUAUUCAAAAAAGGAACGGAUUUUGAAUCUAGCAGUGUGGUCCGAUUUGCUAAACCUGACGAAAGACUCAUAUAACAAGUUAGCUGAUAUCGUCCAAAAAUGCACGCACAGCUUUCCAUGUGUCUGGUUAACCCGAACUGGACUACAAUCUAUGUACGUGUUCCUUUUAUUAUAGACGCAGAAAUUAUGCGGGUCUUCGGAUACAUUUACCAUUUUGUUCCGCUACAUGAAACAGUCCCUGUAUAACUCUCUCUACGAAAAAAAGAAUGAAUUUGUUGCUAAAAUGUGUACAUGUAUAUAAAAAAAUAGCGAUAGAAUGUAGUAAAGUUGAA